AUGUCUUCUCAGCCAGAGUCCUCGCAAUCAUCCCAUGUAUCUGAUAUAGUGGAUCGGAACAAGACUUAUUUCAAUGAAAUAGCCGAGUCGUACGAUACUCAUCCCAUGCGAUCUAUGAUUGGUAGAAAAUGUGGAGAGGCUAUUAUUCGCGAAUACGGCCAUUUGUUCGAUGCAAAUACAACUGAAGUCAUGGACUUUGCCUGUGGAACAGGCUUGGUAUCUGAGAAGCUAGCUUCUCACUCAAAGUACAUACUCGGCGUAGAUGCAUCACAGGGAAUGGCGGAUGUAUACAAUCAGAAAUGCUGGCAACAGGGAAUCGACAAGAAAGAAAUGGAGGCAGUCUGUCAAAUGUUGACUGAAGAAGCAAGUGAAAAGGGAGAUCAAUUGAAUGGGAAGAGAUUUGAUAUCAUUGUGUGUUCUUCAUCCUACCAUCACUUUUCCUCUCCACAAGAUAUUACGCGUAUCCUCGCCUCCUAUCUCAAACCAUCUGGGCAUCUGAUAGUUCUCGAUCUGAAGUACGAUAAAGAGACUUCCCAUGUUUUCCAUUCGCGUAGUAAUCAUGAUGACCAUUUGCACAAACAUGAAGACGGUAAACAUAAUGAUGCCGUAGCCUCGCCUAACAAACAUGAAAACGGUAAACACAAUGAUGCCGUAGCUUCGCCUAAUUUGCAUGUGCAUAACCAUGAAGACGGCGGACAUGUCAUCGAUACCAUAGCCCAUCGAGGAGGAUUCAAGCUUGAAGACGUUAAAAGUGUGUUUGAAAAUACAAGUGUUUUAGACGACAUACGAGUGGAAAUCGCGUUUACUUUUGAGAAGUUUAUUGAAAGUGAUCAAAAGAGUUACGAGUUUGAGUACUGGAUCGCGUCUGGAAGGAAAUUUUGA